AGAUUUGGAAGAACCACGCACGGCUCUUUCGCUUUAAUCACUUCCAGUUGAUCCGACACUUCCACAGUAAGUGUAAAUGGAAAGAAACCCUCAGUGGAUGAAUGUGACUUCACAGUGCAAACGAGCGCGCGUCGCUUAAGCCACAAAUAUUACCGGUCGCGAUUUUUCUUUCAAUUGGAUUUCAACAGUAAAUUUUGCAACUUGUCUCAACGUUGAGAUAUUGUAAUUAUUUUUAAAGACUUUACUAAUUCAAAGACGAUAUGGACACCAUAUUGGACAACUUCGCUUCGGACAAACUUUUUCCCAAUUCCAACCUGUUGGACCUGGAGGAUCUGAAUGAGAGCGAUUUCUUAUCCAAUGUGCACUUCUCAGAGCAGAUGGAGGACUUCUCCAAUGACCUUUUCAACAGCUUUUUCGAUGAUCAUCUGUUGGCGGAGAGGAACCCAUUGUUGGAUAUGGAUCUAGACCCUCCAACCCCUGACAUCCAUGCUGAUCACAGCUACUCUCUCAACGGGGACUCUGCCCCACAGAGCCCCUCCAUGCCCAUCAAAUCAGACGACGACGCAGACUUGGAGGGGAUGUGGUCGUUCAGUCAGAAUCUCACAGCCAUUCUAGUGAAACAGGAGCCAAGCCGGAUGUCUGAGAUCAGCCCAGAUACAGCACCUCCUCUGGUCAACACCAGCACCUGCUCACAGCCCCUCACUCUUGCCCCCCCACCACAGAGGAACCACACAGGGGAGAAGGGCUCCAAAAGUCUGAGCACAAACUCUGUUCCUGCCAUUAAAGCAGAACCCAUAGAGGUGAACCAGUUCCUCAGUGUUCCUACAGAAGAGCACCUGCGGUUACCGCCCACUCCCCCCAGUAGCCAUGGCAGUGACAGCGAUGGAUCCCAGAGCCCACAUUCGCUGCCACCAUUAAGCCCUGCACGCCUGCAGAGCCCACAUUCACUGCCUCCCUCCAGUCCUGCCCGGCUACAGGCCCGCACCUCCGCAGCAAUCUCCUCGUCCCCUCUCCUCACCGCCCCACAUAAGUUGCAGGGAACAUCAGGCCCUUUGAUGCUGACAGAGGAAGAGAAGAGAACUUUGAUCGCUGAGGGAUAUCCCGUCCCCAGCAAACUACCCCUCACCAAAACUGAGGAGAAAGCCCUCAAACGAGUGCGUCGGAAAAUCAAAAACAAGAUCUCAGCACAGGAGAGUCGCAGGAAGAAGAAGGAAUACGUGGAGUGUUUGGAGAAAAGAGUGGAGAACUAUACUUCGGAGAACAAUGAAUUGUGGAAAAAAGUUGAGACACUCGAGAAUGCCAACAGGUCUCUGCUCCAACAGUUGCAAAGACUGCAAGCUCUAGUGAGCGGGAAAGUGCCUCGAUCCUGCAAGAUCGCCUCCACGCAGACCGGAACCUGCCUCAUGGUGGUGGUGCUGUGUUUUGUGUUGGUGCUGGGCUCGCUCACUCCCUGCCUGCCAGAGCUCUCCCUCUACUCUUCCUCCUUAUCUUCAUCAUCCUCACACACGGUGAAGUCCGCACCGCUGCCCUCAGGUGACCUCUACACCACCAGUCAGGUCCGCUCCCGCAGCCUGCUCUUCUAUGACGAGGAUGCCCCAGUGGAGGACGGCCACGGGGGCGUGCUGAGUGUGGAGAGGAUGGAGGGGGUGCCACGACAUUAUGUACAGAACCUAAAAGACCGUGAGCAGGACCAUUCUGCUGUCGUGAACAGGUACUUGAGCCAAGCCCAACCAGAGCCCAUAGGCUACAGUAACACGUCCGCGGCCCCCCUCCAUCCCCCGGAACCAAACUACCACUCAAGAAAGUGGGAUCCUGAGGCUGGAGCAGAAUAUUUCUGACCCCUCCACUGACCUUUGAUGACCCUGCACUACUCGUUGACCCAUAUCGUUACAGAUCCUGAGUCUUCUGACCCCAUCAUAAAGAACCAACAAGUUUCAUGACCAUGGUCGAACCCACCUGAAAUACAUUCCUAUGACGUUCACCCACGGAACUGUGUAAACAGAGAACUGUGAGAAAACAAAACAUAUUUAUCCAUUUAUCCAUCAUAUAUAAAAUGGCUGCUGAAACGCCUUUUGACCAGCAAGCACUGAGUUUGAAAGACUAGAGAGGGAAAAAGUGGGCGGUUGUGGGCGCUGCUCUGAUUACAUGGAUGUGAGCCUGCAGCUCUUCAUUAUGCGGGAUGGGGGAAGGAAAGUUCAUGAGUGUUUGUUUUGAUUUUCCUAGAAUGCCAUGAGACUGUCCAUUUAGAACAUAUCUUUACUUAAACCCCAAAGAGCUUAUUUUCUUUUAAUGACUCUCUUUUUAAUCUCUGAAUGUUUUCCAGCAGGUGUAAUCACAGGUGCCUGGUGUACUUUACGGUUUUAAGCUUUCUUUAACAGGAUUUUCUUCCUUUGCCAUCUUGGCUUUUUUCUUAAUAAGUUUAAACUGGAUUGCACUUGUUUUGCACUUGGAAAACUAAUUGAUUUAAGUGCCUUCACAUUCUUUUUCAUGUAGUCAUAUUUAUGAGACAGCAUAUUUCCUCUCUUACAUCUAUUUUUCUCUGCUUACUUUUAUUGACAGCUGAUUAAGGCUUUAUGUUAUUAUUAUUAUUAUUAUUAUUAUUAUUAUUAACUUUUGAAAGGCAGAGGCUUUUGUACUGAAUUAAAAUUGUGUCCAUAAUAUAUUUCUAGUAUUUGCAGCAUCUAAAAAUAGCAUAUUUAUUUUAUGCACAAAAAAAGUAUGAUAGUUGUUUUGUCUGUUUUUUUUUUUUUAAAUGAAAGAUGAUGUAGUUUACAUGAUCUUGUUGUCAUAACUGUUAAACAGUUUUUUUCUUCUUUUAUCUUUAUUUCUGUGUACAGAAAGUCUUGUAUAUAAAGAGAAAAUGAACAGGGACCAUCAAAUCCUAUACAUGUCUAGCCAUGUUCAAUCAGAUCUGAAUAAUUCUGUCAAAAUGUAUCUUUUCAAUGAAUCCAAAAUAUUGGCUAUAAUGAAUUGAAGGAAAGCUUCAGAAUAUAGAUUGAAUGAAAACACCAACAAACGGUUAUCACAUAUUGAAAAAGUAAACUUAUUUGAAAUGAUUAAUAUUAUUUAGAGCAAAUACUUUUGUCUGAUAAUGGAAUACAUCUUUUUGAUGUUUAUUAAGACUGUCUAUAAUGUUUACCUGAGAGAACUGUUUGACCACUGUAAAAUUCACCACAUGAAUACUGGAGUUGAUUUUACAGUUUUGUAUUUGUAAUGUUUAAAAAAGAAAAGGAAAGGGAAAAAAAUGAUGUUGGUGUUUAGUAACAACUUAAUCAUGACUAAAUAUGUUCAUUUUGUUCUAAAUAAUUUUUCUUGAUGUCCUCUGUCACUUCAGUCCAAUGUUUUUAUUAUUAUUAUUGUACAGCUUGAGAUAACCACUGAUAAUCAAAAUGUUUUAAUACUUAAGUCAAGUUUUUUUUAGUUUUUUUAUGAAACUUGUGGCUGUCAUAAAGGAAUCUGUGACAGUCAGUUUUAUGAAGGUACCCUUUGGUAUCUCUGCCAUAACACAAUGGAAAACUGUGUGAUUGCUUAAAGAACUAAAUACUGUCUUAUGUUCAACGUGAAACUAAAAUCAGUGCAGUUUUAAAGAGCUUUACAUUUUGAAUCACCCUUUAUCGUGGCCUCUGCUACUGUGAGGAUUUUGUUGAGAUUUGAAUGUCUCACCCAUUGAUAUAGUCCUCAUGUGUAAUAAUAUUGAACUGCAAAAAUGUUAUGUGUUUAUUUGAAUGUUUCAAAGAGGCUAAAUGGAAAUCUUACGCCUUCAUUGCACAUACUGAGUAUACAAAUCUAGUCUUAAACCUGUAUGACAGAGUGUAUACUUCAAAUGUAAUUGUUGCCUUUUUGCCCUUUGUAAAUAUGAUUAAUGUUAAAUGUUGACUGUAAAUAUGGAGGACGUAUUUUUAUAUUUCCAAUGCAUUUUGGUAUGCACCUUGCAGUUUGGGGGCAUGUGGUUUUAUUUUUAUCUGUGUAUGGAUAUUGCUCCUAUGCUUUGUAUCUAUGCUCUGAGCUCCUCUUCUUUCUUGCUGUUUCUGUCUGUUCUAAAGUAGAGUUAGAAUGAGGCAAAAUAAAAAUUUUUGCA